AUGAAUAGAAAAAAGCGAAAUGUUGUAUAUUUUAGAAUAUCUCCAGGCGCAUUCACUCGUAUAUUCAAUAGCAGUGUGAACACAGUAUUCCGACGAUUUCUGUUGGCAUUAAUUCGAGCAACAUUAAUCUAUAGAAUAGCAUUUUUUUUGGUUCAUUUACCAACAUUUUGGCAUUAUUUAAUGACAUUGGGAAAAGAUGAUAGAAAAGGUUUAAAACAAAAGAGAAUUCCAGCAAAAUUAAUCGAUGAUUCUGAUCCGUCAUCUCCAUAUCGAGCUCUUGAAGUUCUUGAUGAACUUCGAACACAACCUGAAGAUUAUGUUGAAACAUUAGCUGUUAUUCCUGAUCUUUGUCUUGAACGUCAUGCAGAUUAA